GUUAAAUGGUAUAUAGAUAUGAUUAUGUUUCGGAUAUCUUUGAAAGCCAAAUAAGACCACUCCUCAAAUUUCCUGGCUCACUGGACUGGAGCAUUGGCGCAGUUAAAAUUGCUCGCGGAAACAAUAAAGUUUCCCCUUCCAAAACAAUAUGGCUGCGCCCAGGAAGAGAUCAGGUGGUAUUUGUGUCGUGCAUUCUCUCAUGAAAUCGCCUUGACGUUAUCGAUUCUGCAGCUGAAUAUUUGAUCGCACUCUGGGAAGUAUGGCCGCCUCAUGCAAAGGAGGAAAGAAAGAGAAGAAAAGACCAAUUCCCGUGAAAACAUCCCUGAAUUCUCCGUAUAGCCUUCAAUGGAACCCCCUGGAGCGGGAAGACAUGCACUUCAUCCUCAAUCUCCUAAAGGAAAACAUGGCAGAGGUUGGCCUUCAGAAAAGAGAGGGGGUGAAGAAGAAUCGAAAAUGGGGCAAAAAGAGAGAGCAGCCAGCGCAGGAGAAUAUUGUGGAUGAACACAGUCAAAAGGUGGACAUUCAAGGAGGCCUACCCCUAGAGGGCACGUAUGAAGGGUGGACUGACUUGGCUGCAAGGAAACAACUAGCAAUAGGGAUCAACGAAGUCACAAGAGCGCUAGAGAGAAAUGAACUCUGCCUUGUUCUGGUAUGCAAGUCCGUCAAACCCGAGCAUAUGACCAAUCACCUGAUCAUGCUUAGCAAGACCCGGACAGUGCCAGCGUGUCAGGUACCUCGACUCAGCGAGAAUAUGGCGCACGUGCUUGGCCUGAAGUGUGUUUUGGCACUGGGCUUCAAGCGCAACACACCCCUAUUUUCCCAUACCGUCAGUGCUAUUAUUCCGAAAGUGCCUCCAUUUCAGGUGCCCUGGAUACCGGUCAAGACAAAAACACAGGAGAGUACCAAGGGGGGACAAACGGACGAAUUGGAAAAUGGAAAUAAAAGCAAGGGUCAGAAACGGAAAAUCGAAGACGCCGCUUCUGUGGACUACUCACCAGUCCUCCAGUGUCUUAAAGUUAAGAAGAUAAUUCCCAACCCUUCAAAGAUCCGCAAGUUAAAGAACAAGAGGAAAAAGUAAAGAAAUUAAGAGGUUCUUGAACAUUUUUUUUUUUUCCAAUGGCAUACUGCUAGACAUAUUAAUUGAAGUUUCCUCUGACAUUAAGAUAAACCGACACUCGCAUGAGCAGUGAGGGAUGGUUUAAUUGAACUUCAUGUUCUCUUAAAAGUACAUGUACAAACAGGGCUGCCCAACCUCGUAGGCUUUCACUGCAGCCCUAACAAAGCACACCCUCAAUUCAAGUUCUCUUUCAGCUGCUAGUCAAAGUUUUUGUGAUAUGAUUGUAAAUAGGAAGAAAACACUCUAGUAGACAACUAUUUGUUUGGAUGAGUUUAUUCAAAUAUCCAUGCUGGUAUACCUUAACAUGUAUUUAAAAUGAUCAGAUAUUUGGAUGAUAGUCAUGUUAAAUGGUGCUGGUUCUUGGUCUUCAGUUCUUUCACAACCUGCCAUGGAGUUCAAUAAAAAUAU